CCCAACCAUCCUUCAAGCUACAUCCAAAAAACCAAACCAUCUGGCCUCCCUGCCCACACGGCCAUCUGCGCUCCACACACAAGAUCGCUCAACCGUUCCACCAACCACAGGCCGAUCGACCAACCAUCCGAACAGGUUCUCCAAGCGCGAAUUUCCACAACGCUUCAUUCCGCGCCACAACGUCGAAAGGUUCAGAUCGCGCAAAGCAGGUCGUCGCUGCAACAGGUCGUCGCGUUGCCCAUUGAGUGCGGUGUGAUUAAUGUUCUUGGUUGACUGGGGACGGAACGGUGAGGGGGGUUGAGGUUCAGUGAUCAUUGUGUGGAAACUAGCGAAAAAAACGGUAAAUCACAACUCGGCAAGUGGCGGAUGAUGAAAGUGUGAUACAGUUUUCUGUUUUAUUUUGUGCGGUGGUGAAAGUUUCUUCGGACAUGGCUGGACAAAAGUUUUUCAGCGGGUUGACCGACGCCAUGAUCAACCGGGCGUCGGCGGAACGCCCGGAUCGUCAAAAGUCCAACUUUUUCUGGCCGGACGAGUACCUGCAGGAACCGCAGGACGCGUUCCGGACUAGCAGUGGCAGCGGUGCCAGCAGUAGGAGACCGUCGACGACCUCCUCGUCCGCGACCGCUACGCCAAAGGAGUGCCCGAGUCCGCUCGGGGGCAGCACCGAAGUUCUGAAGCAACGACACCGCGGUAACGCCCGGUCAAACAUCGAGUUCUACGACGACUGCGACUCGUCGUUUUCGGCGCUGGCACGGGAAAAACAGCGCACCAAGCUGGGCAUCGAGAAGUUCCUCCGCGAGCAGGACGACGACGUCAGUGAAGUGGCCAAGGCCCGGCGCCAGAACACCCUAAAGUCAAACUUUCAGUUCUACGACGUCGAGGAAGCGCCGCGAACCCCAAGCCGACAGCAAAACACGAACGGACAUCACCACCCGGUGGCGACCACCCCCGAUUACCCGGAAGACCCCAGAUUCAGUCCCGUAAACGGCGCCCCCCACCAAUCGUUCCGCCGUCAGCAGUCCUCACCGGCAGCCUCCGAGUACCACUACUCGGCCCGCUACACCGGCAGUUACGACGACUACGAGGACUUUGAUCGGUUCAGCUGCCGGUCCAACGACUACGGAUUCAGUCCGCCCGGAACGCCGCACUCCGGUGGGGAGAUUCCCGAGCACAAGCGCAACUCCCAGCGCCAUCUGCGGUCGAGCUUUGCCUUUUCCAACGGGGCGACGAUCGCCGAGGACGACUGCUCGAGCAACGGAAGCGGCCGGAAGCCGGUCAGCGUGCGGGAAGCGGCUGCGACGCAGCGCGUGGGCGUCGGACUGCCGGAUUUCUAGAAGGUGGGGUGGAAUUAGCUACUAGAAAGAUCCACUGAGAUGUAAAUUAACGAGAACGCGAGAACGAGGUACACACACAAAACAACACACGGAGGGAGACUAACAUUCUUGGUGCGAUGAGAGAGAGAGCGAGAGCUAUUACAAAACCCCAGACUUGGAGCUUAGAUCUGCAUAAAAAUACGUCGCCAACGUGGAUUACUCACAUGGGGGCGACCAGAAACAGUGGGUGGAGUUGUGAAGGCUGUAUAUUCAAACUCCAAACAACCACAACAGAACCCGGCAGCGCAGACGGAAAUAUCUUCAAAAGUGGACAAUCUCAAGCGAGUUUGGCUAAAUUUGGGAAAUUUGAUUGCUCGAGUUUGGCGCGGUUGUUUACGAGGAACAAACAGACGGAUAUUUUUGUUGUUGUUGAGAUUUUGUGUUUAUUUGGAGCGAAGACGAUUUGCCUGGUGCGACCAAAAUUGGUAUUGACUUUAGUGCUUAAGAACUUGAGAAAGGUGACGAACAAUAUUAACCCUAGUCGCGAGAAGUCACCGAAGAAGAAAACUACUAAAAAAGGCAUAGAAAUACCUGUAAAACUUUGAAAUAAAGCUACUUUUUUCUAGAAAAAAGAAA